UAUCCAAGACUACGAGAGAUUCUCGCUUUAUGAGCCAACGAAAAACAAUGCCCGCACCACAAUAUCCACCACAUCGGCUUUCAUGGCGUCUCUUCCCAUCACCACCACCGCCGCGCCAAGCCCCGGUUCCCCUAUAUUCAAUCUCCGCAAAUCUCUCAAUUUCAAGCAAACCCUUCUGAUCAACCCAACCCAAACCGGCCGAGAUGGCUACAAUUCUUACUUCCGCGGCAUCUCAUUCCUCUGCAGGCAGGGCCGAGUCCGGGAAGCCCUCCGCCUACUCAACGACAUGGAACUCAAAAGCUACUUCGUGGGGCAGGAAGUCUACAGCGAGCUGCUUCAGGGAUGCGUCUCGCAGAGGGAUCUCUCAACCGGUCGGCAAAUCCACGCCAGGAUUGUGAAGAGUGGACCCCUGUUCGCGAACAACGAGUACAUCGAGACGAAAUUGGUGAUCUUUUACGCGAAAUGCGAUCUCCUGGAGGCGGCGGAUGGGUUGUUCGGGAGACUGAGGGCGGAGAAUGUGUUCUCUUGGGCUGCUAUGAUUGGGUUGAGGAGUCGGAUGGGGAGCAAUGUGGAGGCUGUGAUGGGUGUUUGUAAGAUGAUUGAGAGUGGGUUUAUGGUUGAUAAUUUCGUGGUGCCGAAUGUGCUGAAGGCCUGUGGGGCUUUGCAGUGGAUUGGGGUGGGGAGAGGGGUUCAUGGGUUGUCGUUGAAGAUGGGGUUGAAUGCUUGUGUGUUUGUCUGCAGCAGUCUUGUUGAUAUGUAUGGGAAGUGUGGGGUUUUGGAGGAUGCGAGGAGGGUGUUCGAUGAAAUGCCUGAGAGAAAUGCGGUUACUUGGAACUCGAUGAUUUUUGGGUAUGCGCAGAAUGGGUGUAACGAGGAGGCAAUUGAUCUGUUUUUGGAGAUGAGAUUGGAAGAUUUUGAGCCUACUGAUGUCACUUUGUUGAGCUUGCUCUCGGCUUCGGCUAAUGUCGGGGCCGUUGAGGAAGGUAAGCAAGGGCAUGGUAUUGCUGUGAGUUAUGGGUUUGGGUUGGACAAGAUCAUGGGGAGUUCCAUUCUCAACUUCUAUUCCAAAGUUGGGCUGAUUGAGGAUGCUGAGUUGGUUUUCAGCAGGAUGCUUGAGAGGGACGAGGUGACCUGGAAUCUAUUGAUCUCUUGUUAUGUUCGACUUCUCCAAGUUGAAAAGGCACUCGAUACGUGCCGCUUGAUGAGACUAGAGAACUUGAGAUUCGACUCUGUGACUCUCGCUUCCAUAUUAGCCAUUUGUUCUCAUACUAAGAACACAAUGCUCGGUAAAGAAGCUCACUGUUUUUGUGUUAGAAACAACCUUGAUUCUGAUGUGGUGGUGGCAAGCAACAUUGUGGAUAUGUAUGGAAAAUGUGAGAGAAUAGGAGAUGCACGACGAGUUUUUGACUCUGCAGUCAACACAAAUACUGUUUUUUGGAACACAAUGUUGACUGCCUAUGUAGAGAACGGGAAGAUAGGUGAGGCCUUGAGGCUGUUUUAUGAGAUGCAGCUGGAGAGUGUGCCACAAGAUGUCACCGCCUGGAAUGCAGUUAUUCUGGGAUGUGUUAGAAAUGGAGAUUUGGAUGAGGCCAGAUACUUGUUCUCAAGAAUGCAGUCGGCUGACAUCCCUGCGAAUUUGACAACUUUGACCAGUCUGGUUUCCGGUCUCCUUCUGAAUAGUUCUUGUGAUGAUUUGGUCCAGAAAAUUCAAGAAUCUGGGUUAAGAUCCAAUAUUAUAAGCAUUAUUAGCACACUCUGCAAUAAUGGUAUGGAUCGAGCAUCAUUGCAAGACGUGAAAGCAAUAUAUGGCUUUGUCUUAAGGCAUGACCUGUAGGAAAGAAUUUGACGAUACACAGAUGUAAUUUUCAAAUGCAGGCAUUGCACCUAAUGUUUUCCUCAUGUGAUGAAGGUUCUCUUAAGCAUGGACUGCUAAGGCAUCUAGUCGAACUUGGAGAAAGAGAUGUUUUAAAUGCCACCCUAAGCAAGAUUCGGGAUCGAAUUCUGGAAUUCAUGAUUUAGCAGUGUCUUACAUCUGAAACUGAAUGAUUUAGAGCCUCUGCAGCAGUCUCAAACAAACAUGCGACAGAAAAGGUGAUGACUGAUGAAGUGUUGUCUGAAGAGCAAGCUUCAGGCCGUCUGAGUUCGAAUUCAGGGAACAACACAGUGCGGUUCAAACUAAAGGAUCCAUGGAAGCUCUUGACGAAUAUCUUCACAACUCUCAUGCAUUUGUUUGUAUCAGCCACUAGGAAUUGACUCUCAAGUCUGCUCUUACUAUUUUGAACAUUUGUAAUCUCUCAUGCCCAUAGUGAAGAUAAUGUAUAUUUGCUGACAAUGCCAGCUAAUGUCUUGCCUCUUGAUAUCUCAUGGCAAACCUUGAGCACAUCAUCCCAACAUGGAGUUUCCUUUGAUCCUUUGUUCACAAGGCACCAGCUAAGAAGGUGGGACAAUGGCACACAAGUCAUGGGCUGAUAUGGAACUUUCAUCUUCUGUCUUUUAUCAGAAAAGGAAACCUCCCAAUUUCAGUAACUACUUUACUGAUAAUCCUCCAGGUCUGCUUUCUGCUCCUAGUUUCAGCUUUGGGGUAACAGUGUUGGCCAUCUGAAAAGCUGAAGCUGUGUAGCCUGUAGGAUAGGAUUCGGAGCAGAAUUGUUGGGGAGGGGCCAAAGGGUUGAAAAAAGGUGGAGAAAGGGAUAUACCCUGUAAGUCAGAAAUAGGAGAAAGCAAAAGAUGAAAUUGAAAUCCCUUUCAGUCAUAUAAUAAUGUUCCCACAUUGUGAUGUACAAACUUUGAAUGAUUUGAGUUCAGCUAAUCCAGAAAUCAUAGUGAUACUAGAGGAUUAAGAUGAGUUGAUAAUUAUGUGUUUCGACAGAUGCAAUUAUGGUUAAAAGGGAAAGAGGCUACAGUUUGACAUUGAACACACUAUUCUCUAAUGAGCUCUCAAGGCAAUGCAAGGUAAAGCAUAGCAUCUAUAAAUGGCAUUGCUUUGCCUUGUGGUGCACUCUUGAUCUACAUUUAUCUUAGUGAUUCAGUUGAUAAUCAUGGUGUUUUAAGUUUAAUUUAUCAUAUUAAACUAUGAGUAGAAGGUAAUUUAACUUGAAAACGUAUGAGAAAUUGACCGAAUACUAGCUAGUGUAAGGAAUUUGGAAUUUUUUUUAGCAUACUGAAAGUGUAAGUAUCUGCAUGGGCCACAUCAUUGAAUUGUUCAACCUACGAUUUCAGCUGUCGGAUUCUUAUAGAGAUAUAUUUCCAAACGCACCACUAUAUGUAUCUAACUGUUGAGAUUGGAGGGUCGUGCAAUCCAAUGACAGUGACGCAUAUCCAACAUAUAAACUAGAUUCAAGAAUUGCUAGACAUAAAAAAAAAUUGUUAGAGAUUGGAAAGCUAAGUUAGGUUUAAUUGUAUGAUUGGAAAGUUACAUGAGAAAAGGGAACGUGUAGGGAGUAAAGAUAGGGAUAUUAUGGAAGGAAUUUGCAAGUGGGGACUAGUUGAUUACUGGCCAGUUGUUGGGGGAGAUGAAGAUUAUAAAAGGAUCAUUUUUGCUUAAUUGGCACUUAGCCUGGAACAGAUUUAACUUUGUUCCUAUUCCAAGGCCCACAAUCCAAUAACUAAUGUUCCUAAGUUAGGGCAAAUUGAGUUGAGUGAGGUUUGUGUUUUGGAGUUUGGAUUUGGAGCUUUGCUUGCAUCUAAUAUUUUUUUCUAUAUAAGGUUGAUAUAGUAUUAUUAAUAUUAUGAAAAGUAAAGGGAAUUACAUAGC